CGACUGACGACACCUUAUCUGUUGUCAUACACCUUGGUAGUUGGUUGCAGUAUAGUUGAAACUCCCGUGUUGGCGUAUCGCUACACUAUUAUACUAAUACCUUGAGUGUAGACUAAGUACCUUACUUACUUAAUAUUUUACCUACACAUUGUUUUUUCCCUUUUCUACGUACUAUUAUUUUAACAUUGCAUUUGUUGAAUAAGUUUUUUUAUGAAGUUUUAAUUUGUUUCAAUUUAUUUUACAAAAUGGUUCACGAACACGAAGGGUUCCUAUAUAAAAUUAACAAGACUUACAAUGGCAAACGAUUGGGGAGAGAGGGAGGAGGCACUAGAAUUUUAAAAAACCGCAAGGAAGAAAACUAAAUAGUUACUAUGUAUGUGCAACUCCAAAUGUAUACUGUGACGGCACAGCAGUGAGGUUAGAAAAUGGCAUUACUGUGGUCAAUAAACCUCAUAGGCAUGAUCCCUAUUGUAACAUGUAUGAUGAAAGCCAGACCAGACAACAUUUCAGAAGUGCUCUAGUUGAAAGAUCAAGAACUGAGACUAUAGCACUAAGAACUAUAUAUUAUGAAGAAUCGAUUAGAAAUCCACAUGCAGCCACAUUGUAUAGUUGGCCAACAGCAGAGCCUUCUAUGCGCCACGCUCGAAGGAUUAGACAUCUACCUUUACCUGCAACGUUACGUGAGUUAGAUUCUGAAGAUGAGAUUCAGAAUGAUGAUGUUAUAUUAAAUGUGCCCAUGCCAGCUGUUGAAGAUGAUGCAGGCGCAGUUGAUCCACAAUUAAUAGCUGCUGAAAUUAAUAUUGAGCCAGAAGUCAAUAAUAUAGAAGAUUAUGAUAUGGACUUCAUCCUUCCUGAAGAUAGAGAAUUGGAUGUAAGGCAGCAAUUAAGAAAUGACGCUGAUGGGAAAGAAGAAAUUACUUUUGUAGAAGUUCCUCCAAAUCUCUAUGAACUCUAUCCCCCUGUAGAUGAAACAAAUAUUUGUAUUGUGUGCAGAAUGGAAGAGAGGACACAUGCACUUGUUCCUUGUGGGCAUAGAGUGUUAUGUGUGAAUUGCGUAACACAGUUACAAACACAAAGAUGCCCACUAUGUUAUUGUGAUUUUAAUAUGGCAUUACGUAUCUGGUGAUUGGAAUUGUUUACAUAAGAGGUGGCAAGGAGCCUAUAAACUUUUACACACUUAAAUUUUUCUUUAAGAUUAUAAGUAAAACAUUAAAUAUAUUAUGUGGAAUAAUAAAAAUGGUUUUUCAUU